AUGACCGGGGCUAACGGUCACGGAAAUCAAAACAUAAAUAUUGUAAACUCGAACUACUCCAGAUAUGGCACAUCAGUGUAUCAAAAACUGUAUAAAGAAACGUCACCUGGGCCGGCACUUCACGGCCAAGUGAAUUGGCAGUUGGAUAAGAUGACUUCCUUCGCCAGCACGGAGAGUAGCCUUACGACCGAUAACGAUAGCACCACAUCAAAAUUCAAGAAGAAGUACAGGUCGCUAUUGCAGAACUAUGGCGGAUCAUCAUCGAAGGCCAAGAGGCUGAUAGGAAAACUGCAUGAUCAUGGAUCUAGUGAUUCAUUUUCGAUAUUCUCCCUUAGAAGUUCUUAUUCCAACAGAAAUCUUGGAAGCGGACAUCAGAGAGCCCCUGGAACGGGAUCCGCUCAACAGCGGGUAAUUUUGGAGGACAGCAGACCUUUUCUAGAUUUAAACGCGCUUCCUGCUGAAAUUCUGGUGCUUGUGUUUCAAAAUUUGGACCGUGGCGGCUACUUGUAUGAUAAAAGAAGUCUUGUACGCUGCCUCUAUGUUUGCAAGAAAUUCUAUGAGGCUGGCAAGGCAGUUCUGUACGAAAGCCCAUGUUUCGUCUCUACCUAUCGUUUCGCGCAGUUUGUGACUUGCCUCAGACUUCAUCCAGAAAAUGGGCUGCUUCUCAGGGUCCUAGACCUGUCCAGAUUGAAAAGUGGGUUGAUCGAAGAAGCCAAGGAAGACGAUGAUGAAGAGGAGGAAGAAGAUGAAGCAGAAGAAGAUGAAGGUGACGAGCAAGAGUGGAACAAUGAUGAGAGAGACGAGCAAGAACGGCGCGGAAGAAGGAUGGCCAAUGAUAACGUGCUGCAAGAAGAGAAUGAAGAAGACGCUGCUGAGGAGGGACAAGAACUCAGAUUGACUGAAGGAACGCACUUAGAACGUGAAUCUACCCCAACAGAUGACGACCUUCCCGGAAUAGCUUGGGCUGGCUGGAGAGAUUGGCGGUUCAGAUUCGAUCCCUUGUAUGGAUCCCAGAUGCUCAAUAGCUACUAUAACUUAAAGAGAAGCAGUUCAAGAAGUUCUUCGAUAACAUCAACGGGUACUGCAGCUGCAUCAACGGUCCCAAUGUCACGCAGAGCUCAUAGAUCGAAUAGCUCUGUGAGCUCUUUUACAAGCAGUAUCAUGUCUUCGUUCUACAAUUCCACCUCCUUGUCAUCUCUUAACUUGACGCUUUCUCAAGACUCGCCUAGCAGUAGCGGAUCAAAUAAGUGGUUCAGAAACAUCUUCAACUCUAAACGAGCUCAGAAAAGGAAAUACGAAAAGUACGUUUUAUCAAAGAUGAAUGAUAGCACAAAAGACUUAGAGAAAACUUCUCAAUCGGAUGACGAAGAGCGCAAAACAUCUGUGAAAUUUUGUGUCCAGAAAAAUUUGAAAGAUCAGCCAUUUCAUGAGGGCCAUCCUUAUACAAAUAAGUUUCUUUUGAAGUACUCACUGUAUAAGGAUGUGCCAAUGGGCCAUAUUUUCCAUGUCAUCUCUCACUGUCCAAACAUCGUUAAAAUAAACCUUGCAAACGUCACAAUUUCGUCUGAUUUCCAAGUUGUUGUUCGCAAUAAGGCAACAAAAUGUAACACAAUAUCCAUGCUUAGGACCCCCAAAGAACAAGAGAAGGAGGUGAAUUCAAACAUUGGAAAAAACCUUGAUGUAGUGUAUUUGACAGACUCCAACAAAAAUUACGAUUACUAUCAAGGUAGCAAAUCGGGAGCACCCAAGAGAGUAGAAAAUUUGCAUAUGGGUUCACCCUUUUCAAGCCAUGGUGGGGAGUUUUGGUACCACACUAACUAUCCGCCACCUAUCAAUCAAAAUACAAAGUAUAGGGGAGAACGUGUGAGAAGCCAAAACACUGACGAUUACUCAUUAACGAAGUUGGAGGUUCGUGAUUUGUUUUCCCUGCUGCAUGAUACACUUCCACACUUGAAGUCUCUCAACAUGGACAAUGUUGUGUGGUGCAAUCAACCAGACUUUAAGGACUUUGUCCUGUCCAAAAUUGGUCGAACCACAAGCCUUGAGAUGAGCUUCAGACACGCUGGCAUGGGACGCAAUCUGUCAUGGGCUUCGCAAGGUAAUAUAAUGCAAUUUGUUGCCAUAAUCUUGUUGGGUGAGCUUUUGGACAACGAUGAUCUCUACUUAGAAGAUCUUUUCAAUGUUCGCAUGGAGAGGUUCAGUACUCCCAUGUUAGAGGAUUACACAAUUAUUGAACGCUCCAAUUUAGUGACCUUGUAUCAUCACCACGGGGAGACUAAAUUUUCUCUGCUCAUAAAGCACGGGCCCACGCUUGCUGCUUCCACUGAAUUCCGCUCGGAUUCAAUUUUAGAAUGUACUAUAUUUUUGGGACCUGCUUCAGACUCUUGCGACGAAAUAACGUUAAGAACUGGCGAACUAGCCCAUCGACUUGUCGAUCGCAUAAGAGAUCUACGUACGGCUGAACUGCGAAGACAUAUUGGUGAGAAUCAAUACUCAAUUGGGAUAGUGUGA